GAACGACACAAGAAUGUCCCAGAAGCCGAAGCACAAAUGGGGCUCAGUCAACUUCCAGUUUUUGUUUUGUUUUUAAUUCAAUUUGGAUUCCCACUUUCAAAGACAGUUUCGUAAACGACAGUGGACUUAGUGCUCUUGUUCCGAAGCGGAAGUGGCUUUGGUUUUCAAGCGGUACGGCGGCUCACAGGGCUCAAUGUUCGCAGCAAGCACCGCUGACGAUGGGAGACGGUGUUUGCGAGGAGCUCGAAGAUUUGGUUCAUUUCUCGGUGCACGACCUGCCGACCAGAGGCUAUGUCGUCAUGGAGGAAAUACGACGGCAGGGGAAACUCUGUGACGUCACGCUCAAGGCGGGCGAGCACAAAUUCAGUGCCCACCGCAUCGUGUUGGCUGCCUCUAUCCCGUACUUUCACGCCAUGUUCACCAACGACAUGGUGGAGUGUAAACAGGACGAGAUCCUCAUGCAUGGAAUGGACCCCAGCGCUCUGGAGGCUCUGAUCAACUUUGCGUACAGCGGCCACGUCGCCAUUGACCAGCAGAACGUUCAGUCUCUUCUGAUCGGUUCCAGCUUCCUGCAGCUGCAGAACGUGAAAGACGCUUGCUGCUCCUUCCUGCAGGACAGGUUGCAUCCAAAGAACUGUUUGGGAGUGCGCCAGUUCGCAGAGACAAUGAUGUGCACCACGCUUUAUGAUUCUGCCAACAACUUCCUGCACCAGCACUUUGUGGACGUGUCCUUGUCGGACGAGUUUCUCACCCUGAGGACGGACGAGCUGCUCGAGCUCGUCGCUUGCGAUGAACUCAACGUCAAAACUGAAGAGCAGGUGUUUGAGGCGGUGCUGUCUUGGAUCCAUCAUGAUCGUGUCAAACGAGAAUCUUUGCUGCCGGAGCUGCUGUCAAAGAUCCGACUGCCACUUUGUCGUCCUCAGUUCCUGACGGAACGAGUCCAGCAGGAAGAACUCGUGCGCUGCUGCCUUAAAUGCAGAGACCUCCUGGAUGAGGCCAAAGACUUCCACCUUAUGUUGGAGCGUCGUCCUCACCUGCCCGCCUUCAAGACGCGUCAGAGGUGCUGCACGUCCAUCAUGGCGCUCAUCUACGCCGUGGGAGGACUCAACGGCUCCGGCGACUCCUUGAACGUGGUGGAGGUGUUCGAUCCCGUGGGGAACUUCUGGGAACGCUGCCAACCGAUGAGGACGGCCCGCAGCAGGGUGGGCGUGGCCGUGGUCAACGGACUUCUGUAUGCCAUCGGAGGGUACGACGGACAAUCGCGACUCAGCACCGUUGAGGUCUACGACCCCGAGACAGACAGUUGGACCAGAGUGUCCAGUAUGAACAGCCAACGCAGCGCGAUGGGUACGGUGGUGAUUGACGGCCACAUCUACGUGUGUGGCGGCUAUGACGGAAAAUCUUCUCUUAACUCCGUCGAAUGCUACUCGCCCCACACUGACAGGUGGUCUGUGGUGACAGAGAUGAGCGCCAGUCGCAGCGCUGCCGGCGUCACUGUCUUUGAUGGACGCAUCUUUGUGUCCGGAGGACAUGACGGCUUACAGAUCUUCAACACGGUGGAGUAUUACAACCAUCACACGAACCGUUGGCAUACGUCGUCGUCGAUGUCGAACAAGCGUUGUCGUCACGGGGCGGCGUCUUUGGGCAGCCGCCUGUACGCUGUGGGCGGCUACGACGGUUCCGGGUUCCUGAGCGGCGCCGAGGUCUUCGGCGCGGCGUCUGGUCAGUGGAGCCACCUGGUGGCCAUGAACACACGCCGCAGCAGAGUGUCCUUGGUGGCGGCAUCGGGCCGCUUGUAUGCCGUGGGCGGCUACGACGGGCAGACCAACCUGGGAUCCGUAGAGAUGUUCAACCCCGACACGGCCCGAUGGACUUUUAUGGCGCCCAUGGCCUGCCACGAGGGCGGGGUGGGCGUGGGCUGCGUCCCCCUGCAGCCCACCUAAACAGGCCCGUCACAUUCCGUCGCAGCCGGCGGUUCCGCUGUCGGGUGACGAGGCCGGGUGUCGCGCUCGCACCGGCGACCGUAGCAUUAGCCGCUGUGGCCGAUGGUUAGUAUUGCGGCCGUGGCCGCUCCGAUCAGCGGCGGGCGGGCGCCUUGAUCGCGGUCGCGUCCGCGGUCGCUCGCCGCUUCCUCUGGUUUGGGACAGGAAGUGGCACCAUCCUUGUUGUCAUUUCACAAGGCUUUUAUUUUGGAAACAACAGGAAUUAUACCUGUGUCAUCAUAAGUCCAAAAAUCAACAACGUGUAGAGAUUGUGAAAGUGGAGCAAACUUGUUGCAAGUGAAAAAGAAAUAAAGUCGCUUACAGAAUGUGUGGUCAUCACUGAGUGUCAAAAAAAGACGUGGGCCGUGUUGGCGAUCACUGCGUCUGCUAUACAGUGCCCUGUAUAGUGUAGUAUAGUCGGCCGUUUUGUAGUGUUGGAUUGUGUCGUGAGUAUAUCAUAGUGUGUAUAUACCCUUCUGUAGUGCCCGUUUUGUAUCCCACGAUGCAUCUCGAAAAGUAGUGCGCAACAAUUGUCACCAGAAGUCCCAUGAAGUGCCGGUUAACGUUAGUUGUACAACACGACGAGACGGAAACUGCCUUAUUUGUAUUCACUUUGUAAAAUAUACUCUGCUUAAAACGGUA